AAGACAAGUUCAGGCAGAGUAAAGGUGUGUCUCGCGGCAGUCAGGAGGGGGAGGCAGCCUCUCGGCCACUCAAGUGGAAACUCAAUGGAACUUUACCUGAAGUUAUAUCUUCUUCCGUGAGGCUUCUCCAGCCUGUGUCCGUGUGGAGUGCUGAGGUCCGACUGAUCCAGGUACAGCUCUGCAGUCCAGCCUCUCUCUGUCUCUUGGGACCAGAAAACGACUCUGCUGGAUCCGGAAACCUGAGCUCGUGCACAUGUCGCUCAUGAAAUCUUGAGGAAUCUGACUGUCUGCCAUGGAGAGAGUCUAAACCCGCAGGACGAACAGCCACCAUGCGCAGGUUCAGCUCCGAGGGGAACCUCCUGGAUCUGGACUUCCUCCCCUGGAGGAGGGUGGCCCUGAAUAACCAGGAUGUUCAGAGGAACCGGGACUCUGGCACCUACACCCCUCACACAGAGGAGGACGAUCUGAACGGGGGCUCCACCCUCCUGAACCCCACCAUCCUGGAGCCUAAAGGGGGUCACAAUGAGGGGGGGGCGAAUGAGCUGACCAAGCAGCACAGCGUCAGCGUGGAGACCCUGACUGAGCUGGGGAAGCAGGACAAGAACCACCUGAGUGUGGGCCUCAUUGGGGAGGGCUGCAGGGCCUACAGCGACGGCCAGCUGGCCCCCCACGCCCAGGGCAGCACGGAGAGCAUGGAGAGGGACGACAUGCCCCCCGGCUCCCCCUCCUCCACCAACCCCUUCUCCUUCAAAGCCCAUCACAGGCGCAACCAAAAACACAAGCUGUCCUCCGCCAAGCUGCACCUCCGGAGUCUGUUCGGACAGAGUCCUCAUUCUUCAAACCCAAACCUGUCCAACACAGAGCAGAAAGACAGUGUGACAGAGCGGAGGUCCCGCCUCCUCUUCAUGCGUCAGUGGAGCCAGGUGGGCCACGGUAAGAAGAGGAAGUUCAGUCGAGAGGAGCUGGAGAAAUGGGCGGAGUCUCUGAACACCCUGCUGCUCAGCCAAAGUGGGGUCUCAGUGUUUGGAGCAUUCCUGCGCUCUGAGUUCAGCGAGGAGAACCUGCAGUUCUAUCUGGCCUGUGAGCAGUACAAACACUCGUCCAACAACUUCAGCCUGCAGAGGAGGGCCAAGGAGAUCUGCAGCACCUACAUCCAGCCCGGAGCCCCGCGGGAGGUGAACCUGGACAGUAAGACCAGGGACCUGUCCCUCCAGCUGCUGCAGGCUCCGUCCCACGCCUCGCUGUCCCUCGCUCAGAAACGCAUCUUCUCCCUCCUGGACACAGACUGUUAUCCCCGCUUCCUCCAGUCCGACGUCUACCUCUCCUUACUGCGAGAGUCCGACUAGGAGCACCAUGUGGGGACACACCUGGCCUCAGGAGGAGGAACACUGUGGACCUAAAUCUGUCUUCAUAAGAUAGAGAGCUUCUGUGCAGGAAGUUUGUGUAAAAAGUACAGUGCAAAUUCCCAUUGGAGUCAGUUAAAUGAUAUUGUUCACAUUGUAAUGUCUAGAUUCAAAAGUUAUAUUUCAUGUAUUUGUUUUUUUUUAAGCUAUGUGAAGCUAAGCUAACCAAGUCGUAGCUCUUUAUUAAAUAAUUGACAAGAGAUUGAUAUCUAUACAAAAUGUUAAACUAUUCUUAUAUUUGUCCUCUUUUUGGCGCUGAGAAUAUGAAAACACAUACCAGACUGUUUAGUUUUCCUCACUUUAAAGGACCUGUGAAACUAUGGAGCGAAAUCUGGGCCAAAAGUUUCAUCUGAAAAAAUAAAAUGGAUUUGAAAGUUUUGGACUUUGUAAAAUACUAUGACGUAUUUAAAAAUUAAGGUUGGAUAUUAUUUUGAUUGUUUAUUCUUUCAGAUUCAAAUCUUAUUUUUCUGAAUCUGAAAGCAUAAAAUCUGAAACUGAAAAAAAGACUCAUCAGAAUAUAAAAGGGAAAUAUAUGUAUUUAUUCAAAAAUAAAUUGCUAAACUGAAUCAAAAUAAUAUUCAACCUGAACAUAUUUUUAAAUACUAAUUAUUUGCUUAUAUAUAUCAUUGUAUUCUUCAAAAUUCAGGAUCGAAACAUGAACUUUCAAACACUUUCCAAACUUUUGGCCCAGAUUGAGCUCCAUGUGAAAGCAGGCGGCUCUCAUUUUAAUGAUUAAACUCAGCUAAUGUUCCCAUG